AUGAAGAAAAAUGAAGAAGGAAUUGUACCCGGUGGUUCCACAAAACUGUUAUUUUCAUCCGCCUUCCAAAUCAAUAAACGUUUUAAUCUGGACCAACUAAUAAGCGCUGGCGGCUUCGGACAGGUAUACUCUGGUACAAAUAUUAAUACCGGUGAAUUGGUCGCCAUAAAAGCUGAAUCGAUUGAUGCUAAGAUUCCAUUGUUGCGGAUAGAAGCAGCCUGUCUAGAAGCACUCAAUCAUACUAUCAGACAAAAUUUCCAGAAACCUCCUAAAGAACCAAUACCAAAUUAUUAUGGUUACGGUGAAACACAAAACGUCCGAUAUAUGGUAAUGGAUUUAUGUGGAAAAAAUGUUCGAGAAUUAAAGAAAAGCACAAAAGAAGAUUGCUUCACAAUAGUUACAUCGCUUUGGCUUAUGAAGAAAAUGAUUCUGGCACUCAAAUUUUUGCAUCGUUUAGGAUGGAUUCAUCGAGAUGUAAAACCUGCAAAUUUCUGUAUUGGAUUACAAUUGCAAGGAAGGCAAGAGUUAUACCUUGUUGAUUUUGGUAUGGCACGUCGUAUUAUUGCGCGCAAUGGUAUCAUUAAACCAAGGCGAGAAUCAAGUGCAUUCCAUGGUACUGUCCGUUAUGCAUCUCUUACAACACAUCGACAUCAGGAUAUGUCACGUUAUGAUGAUCUUUGGUCUGUUUAUUACAUCAGUGUGGAAAAUAUGAUUGGACAGUUACCGUGGCGUUAUGUAAACGAAAAGACGGAAGUUGAAAAAAUGAAGGAAAACAUAGAUUUAUUAAGAGAAAAGUAUGGAACGGAAGCAAAUCCGCCAGCAUCACUAUUGGUGCUUCAUCGUCACCUCUGUCAUGCCAGUUUCUACCAUGAACCAGAAUAUCAUCGGAUUGUCAACGAAAUCGAUCUUGAUUUAAUUCACCGAAAUUUCAAUGCAGACAGUCGUUUGGAUUGGCAACCAGUUGAGCCCUGUCAAAGCCUUCCUUUCAACGAUUUCAAAGCGAAAAAUCGUCGUGAGCUACAUGAUCGCAAUACUGCCAAUCAUAAUCAUGACCGUUCUAACUUAAACCAUAAUAAUGAUCGGCUGACAGAAAAUGAUGACCGCUCUUACUAUUUUAUGCAGUCAGGCGAUAAUUUCUGA